AUGGCCGACUUUGAUUUAAGCGCCAGCUUUAUACCGGCAUUGCAUAAGCCUUCAGCACUGCUUCCCAUAGCCAAGCACCGAGAAAGCCUAUUAUAUCUCAUCGAGACAAACCAGGUGACGAUCAUCGUUGGCCAGACCGGCUCGGGGAAAACAACCCAGAUUCCUCAGUUUCUUCACCAGGCCGGAUGGUGUGAGGACGGUAAAGUGGUUGCAGUCACGCAACCACGCCGUGUAGCUGCCACUACCGUUGCAAUCAGGGUAGCCGAGGAGGUCGGAUGCGAGGUGGGAAAGGAAGUCGGCUUCUCCAUUCGUUUCGAAGAUGUGACGUCGGCGGCUACCAGGAUCAAAUUUCUAACCGACGGUCUUCUCAUAAGGGAAGCACUUGUCGACCCAUUGCUGUCGCGCUACUCGGUCAUCAUGGUUGAUGAGGCCCACGAGAGGUCCAUAAGCACAGACAUCCUCCUCGGACUGCUGAAGAAGAUCCUGAAGCGGCGCCCAGAGUUACGCGUCGUCAUAAGCAGCGCAACCCUCCAGGCAGAAGAAUUCCUCAACUUCUUCUCCACACACUCGGAUGAGCCAAAGUCGGCCCAGAACGAAGGUGGCAAUGCGGGCGCCAUUAUCAGCUUGGAGGGCCGGACGUACCCAAUUGACAUUCUUUACCUCGAAUCUCCCUCCGAGGACUACGUGGAAAAGGCCGUCUCCACGGUCUUCGAGAUCCACACAAAAGAGGCGGGCGGUGAUAUCCUGCUAUUCUUGACCGGCCGUGAGGAGAUCGACAAUGCUGUCGAGGCCAUUUCCGAACGAGCUGCUGACCUGCGUCCUGGGGCCCAGUCCAUAUUGGUACUGCCACUGUACGCAGGACUCUCUACCGAACAACAGAUGUACGUCUUCGACGAACCGCCUGAAAACACGAGAAAAGUCAUUGUAUCUACCAACAUAGCCGAGGCGUCGGUCACUAUCGAUGGCAUUGUCUACGUGAUCGACUCUGGUUUUGUGAAGCUUCGGGCUUUCGAUCCGAAAACGGGCAUAGAAACUUUGACAGCUACGCCUGUAUCUAAAGCAGCAGCAUCACAACGUGCUGGCCGCGCUGGCCGAACGAAGCCUGGAAAAUGUUUCCGCCUCUACACCGAGCAGAACUUUCAAGCACUCCCUGAUGCAAAUAUUCCUGAAAUUCAGCGGACGAAUCUAGCGCCAUUUGUGCUGCAACUCAAGGCUUUAGGCAUCGAUAAUGUUGUGCGGUUCGAUUACUUGACAGCACCGCCCGCUGAACUGCUGAUCAAGGCUACAGAACUGCUUUACUCUCUUGGGGCCCUUGACGAGUAUGCAAAACUCACUCGCCCGUUGGGGAUGAGGAUGGCCGAGCUUGCGGUUGAGCCCAUGAUGGCAAAGACGCUGCUGACUGCUCAAUCCUUUGGUUGUCUUAGUGAGAUGCUCACGAUAGCUGCCAUGACCAGCCUUGGUGGCUCCGUAUGGAUACAGAGAGACGGGGAGAAGAAGCAGAUGGAGUCUGCACGGCGUCGAUUCGCAGCCGAGGAGGGGGAUCACCUUACGCUGCUGAAUGCGUACCAGGCCUUCGUCAGCAAGGGUAAAAAGGAGUCCCGGUUCUGCCACGAGAAUCAUCUGAAUUUCAAGGCCAUGACCCGUGCCGUCAGCAUUCGGGGGCAGCUGAAGCGGUAUCUCGAACGCUUCGGUAUUGCAGCAGACGAAUCAUUGAAGGGCCCACCAACAGGCACGAGUGAGCAGAUCCGGAGGUGUCUCACGACUGGCUAUUUCGCCCACGCAGCCAAAAUGCAGCCGGACGGCAGCUUUCGCAACGUGGAAGGCGGCACGGUACUCCAUGCGCACCCGAGCUCCUUGAUGUUCAAUCGCAAAGCCGAUUGGGUCGUCUUCCACGAGGUCAUGGAGACCGGCUCCAAGACUUUCAUUCGCGACAUCACCAAGAUCGAGAAAGCAUGGCUUCUGGAAUAUGCAUCGGGCUUCUACCAGCUCAAAUCCUGA